CGGUACCGUCCAAAGCCGACUCUCCCAAUGUACGUUUUGCGCCAGGGGCAGAAGCCUGGCCCUUGAAUAUUAAAUACCUCUAGGCAGCGCAAGCUUGCACUUGAAGUUGCAGAGCUCUGCAAAGUCUGAAGAAGUGCGCAGCGGCUAGUUAGUCUGACAGCGUUCACAGCAGAGCAUCAGAGCGCAGAAGGCAUCCGUGGGGCAACUGCUGGAUGCUGAGGCGCAAAUUUUGCUCUGCAAAGGUCAUCCUGCGGCUUCUUGAAGCCAGUCAUUCAGGCGCUCGAAGUUGUGCUGGUCUUAAACAGCCUGUCGUGGCUCUGGACAUCAUCCAACUAAGCAUGUGACCAUUUUUCCACCACCUGUUGUAUCGAAGUCGGACGGCGGUGCUGCAGUGAAACGAUGAGCAGCCAGAAGCUUGCUGAGAUCUCGGCCCGCAUUUUUGGGAACGUCGUUGGCAACGGGUUGAGGUCAGGUCGGAAAGUCCUCAGUCAACCACUGGUUGGGGAGAAAGUGGUUGCGUGGUACCCGCCAACUCUGGAGGAGAAUGACGCGCUAUUUGAGGAUCCAGAAGAGAAAAGGCGUUUGAUGAUGAACGACCUCCGGAAGCGGCGGGGCAAGGGACCACCAAAGAAAGGGGAGGGUAAACGUGCUGCUAAACGGAAGUAGAAUCUUACUGGCGCCCAUCGCUAGGGCAUAGCUUGGGGCGUAGGUUGUGCAUGAUUCUGCUCAAUCGAGUGUCGCUUUCUAGUUCUACCAAUGAGUUGGCGGACAAUUAUUACCUGGAAGAGAUCAGAGCCUGAACAACGGCUCGAUGGUGGGUUGUAUUGAAUUCCCUGGUUUACUAUAUGAGAAGGACUGAGAGGUGAGAUAAGGGAAUUUUGAUGGUCAAUAGAACACAACUCCUUGAGCUUAAGAGUACAGCGGUUGUGCGAUGUCUUAGGAGCCUAGGGGCUUGAUUCGUGCCUGCUUCUCCCAAGCAAGUUCAUCUACGGUAAGUGUCCUUGAGGCACCAAGGCAUCGUGAUGGUGAAUGUUGAGCCCUUCACUGCUGAAACUCCUAGCUGCGAUCUACAAUAUUUGCUUCUUUACCUCGGAAAGUUUGUUGAGAACGCAUGUAAGGUAGUGCUGAAUGCUUUUCAACCACUUGCAUGUGGAGCCGCUGAUCCGAUCC